UAUUCAAGUCUCCGGGUACUCAAAACCGCUGGCCAGUCAACGCCGAGCGCUGUGCCGGAGCGGCCGCGGUAUUCAGUCAACAAAGCGAAAGACAACAACAACAACAAAAUACGCCGCAACGAACAAAAAGCAAAGCCAAGAGAAAACUUUUAUUUCGAACAGUAAAAAAAUUAUAAAAUUAACGCUAUGUAAAACGGCAGCAAAAAACUAAACAAAUUGGACAACUGGUGGCACAGUGGUUGUCGUCAUCAUUGCAGUAAAAACAAAAAAAUCCCAUCAUGACGACGACAUGCCGCACAACAACAACAACAGCAACAUUAUUGGCCACGCCCAUACCGCCCACAAUUAACGGGAGCAGCGCGAUGCAACAACGACGCCAGCUGCUGCGCAGCGUUGAAAACUUGCGCGGUCGCGUACGUCAAGUGCUAAAAUGUGUUAUUAAUUUACACAUUGAAUUUUUGGUGCUCGAUUCCAAUGUGGCUGUACUGCUCGACGAGGUGCGAUCUCUAAACGACGACUAUGCGGAAGUGCAACGUCUGGAUAGGUUAAUUGACACAUUACGCGAUUACAAUGGACCCACAAUUUGCCACGAGUGGCCAUAUCCUUUGAUAUUCAAGGGCACAAUCGACGAAGCGCACGUUGCACAAAUACUCAACAAGGAACUGGAACUGGAGUUGGUUCCAGCCGGAACAAAGGAUCAGCUGUUAAGUGCGAGCGAGAUGACUAGUCUAAGAAAACCAAGAUCAAAACUAUUGCGGUGCCAUGGAACAAAGAAAGCAAAUGGAACCAGUAAAAGCUGACUUAAAAGAGUAAAUACGCCUUUAGUUAGUCAAGUAACUAUUUUGAAAAAUUUUAAAAUUCGCAAAUUUAUUAUUUUCAUAGCUACUAAUAAUUCUUAGAUUAAGUUUAAGAAAAAAACAGAUCCAGUUUGUUUUAAUAUUAUAACAUUUAAAAACACAACCUUUUAAGUUAUUUUAUUGUCAAAACAUUUACUUGACCUACUGUAGGUGUGUGUGUCCUAAAUUUAUGUUCUUACCUCAAAUUCAUACAUAUUUGAUGAGCUGCUGCCAAUUUCUUGUCCUGAACAAAAAUAAAUACCAAAAAAAUAAACUUAAGCAUAUAAAUGUCAAGCAA